AUGAAGCUAUCAACCCUAUAUACAACCUACCUCCUAACCACCGCGACCGCAUCCUCCGAACCCACCGCCCUCCCCUACGGCAUCAGUCUCAAGAACCCCAACACCCCCCAACAGCCCCUCAUGGACCUCGGCCCCGUCGUCCCUCCCGCACCCUCCCAACCCUCGCACCCGUCUCCCCCCCAACAAGGCGGCGUGCUCAUCUCAGACAUAAUGGGCCGCGACCGGAGCAUAAACAUAUUCGCGGGUUUCACGCGGGACAUCGGCGCGAUAUCCACGCGUCUCGACGACAGCGGCCGGAACAGCACCGUGCUGGCCCCGCGCAACUCCGCCGUCGAGGCGCUGCCUCGCAAGCCCUGGGAAGAUCCGAAGGACUACGCGGACCUGGGUGCGAACGCGUAUGAAGGCGAGGAUGGCCAGGACCGCGCGCAGAGGAACUUGAGGCGGUUUGUGGAGGCGCAUGUUUUGCCCGUGAGUCCGUGGGAGGAGGGGGUUAGGGUUAGGUCGCUGUUGCAGGGGGAUAGGGAGAUUUGGUGGGAGGAGAGGGAGGGGGGGAAAGUGAUACAACCUGAUGGGAUCGAGGUCGAUAGUGUUGCUAGUACGGUUGGGAAUGGCGAGUUGUGGAUUUUGAAGGGGGUGAGGAAUUAUGCUUAG